CCCAAAAUAUGAGAGGAGCCCAGUAUUUGGCUCUUUAGGGUUUCACCCAAAUGCCCAAACUAUGCCGUCAUUCACCUCUUUCUCUCUCAUCACUCCCUCACUCCCUCUCUCUCUCCUCUCCUCUUCUCUCCUCCCCGUAAUUCAACAAUCUUGCCCAUCAAUCUCAGGCCCUCUCUCGUCUCAUUUCAAAAUCAUGCCCUCUCUCCUCUACUCCAUCAAUCGAUCUUCCCCUUCCAUUGUUGGAACGACGAGAGAGAGAAAUGGUUAAAUUGACUGGGGUUGUGCCGGAUCUCCUUCAAUCCGCCCUUCCACCGCCUUCCGCCGCCCUCCUUCACCGCUUCUCCUUAAUCUCGCCCGCAAUUUUCGCCGCCUCUCUUUCACUAACCCUAGAUCAAAGGAGGAACCUGAGGAGAAGCAUAAGAUUCUUAAAGAGAUAACUGAGACUAUGAAGCAUAGAAGCCACCUUGACAGCAGCAUUGAAUUGAUCGGAAAACUUUUAUUUGGACUAAACAAUGGUCCUUCGGUCCUACACGCAAAGCCAAGCCGUGGAAUGCCGCUUGUGGAUGAUUGGGAUUGCUUGAAAUCAAUGGUUCGGGUGUUUGAGAAAGAAUGUGGGACCUUAACUCAAUACGGGAUGAAACAUAUGCAGGCCUUUGCAAACAUCUGCAACAAGGAUAUUCCGCUAUCAGUAAUGCAAGAAGCUUGUGUUGCAGCUUGUAGUGGCCACAACUCUGGCCAGUGGCAUCCAUCAUUCCAUGGAGAGGUUUUCUAUCCAGAUUGGACAUCUUUCAAGUUCAAGCAAGUGACCUGUCUGGUAGUUCUUUGGAAAACAGUCCUCAUAGUUUUAGAGAUGAUCAAACUCAGGCUAACAGCACAAAUGAGGGCAUUGACAAUACUCAUGUACCAAAUGAUCCUCAGAUUGAGGUUCUUGAUAGUGCUAAAGUACAGAAUGAGCUUGCAAAUGAGAUCCUAGAUGAUGCUCAACAAAAUGAGUCUGCAAAUGAGAUGUAAAUCAGUCGAGAGGGCAGUGGGACUUGUGAACAAAGUGAUAUUGAAGGAAAUGCUGGUGUUGGUCCAUCUGCUGAUGUAAAUCAGUCGAGAGGGCAGUGGGCACAUUAAUUUACAACAAUUGGAAGUUCAAGCUGAAAUGACGCUGGAGCUUGCCUCAGAUGCGGAGAAUAGAUUAGAGACAAUUACGAAUUUUUUGAGAUGUAAAUUUAAAAUUUGAUGUGCCAUAUUUUGAUAAUGUUUGUGUGCCUUUGUGGCAUGGAAAUCAGUAUUUGGGUUUUUGGUUGUUCAUUAUUAUAAAUGAUAAUUUGAAA